AUGUAUGCUACAUCAAAGCUUAUCAUUCCACCCAAGCCUGCCAGAAAUUCGCCUUACAUUCCGAAGCUGCGAAUCAAGCUUAAACCAUCAUUAAACCGUAAUCGCCUAGUACAUGGUGCUUCUUUGAGGAGCAGCGCUCUUGUUCAACUCAGCCGCGGUGAUGUGGUUUUGCGUUCUGCCCACUCUACGCGUACGCCUGGUGGCGCUUUGCGUAGCUCUCACAAAGUAACCGACAAAAUCAAUGCUACCGGCGGCUCGUGUGAAGAUGAGUGCCGCGACGAUACCGGAAAAGCCACUUGUGGUGAUUGCGAGGCUGGUGUGUCUGUUACCAAAAGAGCUGGGUCGAAGAGGAAACAGGCGACCCUGGAAAUGGAUAAUUUAGACUUGGAAGGAUCAGAAUCUGUGCUAACAAAAGUAAACUUGAAGGUGAGUGUGCGAUCCGCAUUUGCUUUUUGGUAA